CAAAAUCAAGAGAAUUGAAGCAAUGACGGCUGACUGAUCGGAAACCAUCAAGAUAAGGAAAACAGCAGCAUUCCUGUGCUACAAAGUGAGAAUGGAUGAAAGUGAUGUCAUUAUAUCAUCUACGGAAAUCAUAAAAGAUAGACUCUACUUCGCAACACUAAAAACGGGCUACAAACCGAAGCCAACCAGAAACAGCAAGUACUUCCACAUCGAAGAUGACAUCCAGUACGAGAAUUUCUACUUCGACUUUGGACCUUAUCACCUGUGCCAUUUGUACCAGUUUUGCAAUAAACUCACUGAGGAACUGGAGAAGAACCCGAAGAAAAAGAUCGUGUUUUAUACGAGCAACAAUGAGACGCUUAGGCUCAACGCCGCGUACCUUAUUGGGAGCUAUCAGAUAAUAUAUCAAAACGGGUCCCCCGGCGCAGUCUACAAGCAGCUAACGGACGGAUCAGAAUGGUCCCUUCUGAACUUCCGUGAUGCGUCUGGGGGCCCUCCACUCUUCGACAUAUCUCUGCUGGACGUCCUUCACGGCAUGAAGGUGGCGCAUGACGCUGGGUUCUUCCAUUUUGAUCAUUUUGAUGCGGACCAAUAUUUGUUCUAUGAGAAAGUGGAGAACGGCGACCUAAACUGGAUAGUCCCCGGCAAGAUGCUCGCUUUCUCCGGCCCCCACCACCGCUCGCGGCUCGACCGCGGCUACCCCCUCCACAGCCCCGAGCACUACCACGACUACUUCCGUCGUCACAACGUCACGACGAUCGUGCGACUGAAUAAGAAGUCGUACGACGCGCGGCAGUUCACGGCGCAUGGUUUCGAGCAUAGGGAACUCUUUUUUGUGGAUGGAUCGGUGCCUUCGGAUCUGAUUGUGAAUCGGUUUAUAAGGAUAUCGGAAGCUGCGAAGGGAGCUGUUGCUGUGCAUUGUAAAGCGGGCUUAGGCCGGACGGGAACCUUGAUAGCAUGCUACAUGAUGAAGCACCACGGCUUCACAGCGCGGGAGGCCAUCGCGUGGCUGCGAGUGUGUCGCCCGGGCUCUGUCAUCGGCCACCAACAGUGGUUCCUUGAGAAUGUUCAACCCCGAAUGCACGCAGAGGGCGAGGCGUAUCGCCGCCGGCAUCACAUAACAGCGUUCCCCGUGUUCACACGAGGCAUCUACUGCGAUCUGCCGCCCGAAGAGAAACCUGUAUCUCUACAGACGAUACUGCAUAAUAAGAACACCAAUAACAAGCUGGAUAACGCAAACGCCCUCAACGCAAACGAAAUAGACUCGGAAAACAACGUAACAGCGGUCAUCGGCAAAUACAAGACCACCGCCACCGCCAUGCUACCCACCAAGACCGUCUUCACCCCCAAAAUGAACUACAUGCUCCCAACUAAUAACAUCAGGAACGCGGCCAAUACUAAUCUGAAGACUGCACAGCCAAGGAUACUAAACUCCACCCUAAAGUCCCACUACGCAGCUAAAACGUCAACCUUCCCGCCAACAAGAAGUGCCAAUUCCCAAGCGAAAAUCUCUGGUGUCAAAGCGCAAUUCACUGGCAAAAGCAGCUUCCACGGCCAGCGAGCCAACCUCGCGCGACCUGUCGGCUACUCGCACGGAACUAGCCCUCUAAAAACAUUCACAAGAAAAACUGUCACAAAAAUCACCAAUAACGAAACCACAGUUGUUAACACGCUCAGCAAUGUAACUUCAACCUUAUCAGCUUUAACAGAGAAUUGCCAUUUGAACGGCAAAAAUCGCUUACCAUCAGAGCCGAAUUUAAAAACGGUCGCCGCCAAAACGACGCCAACUAACGUGAAUUCGAGAAAGAAAUUAAUCGUGCGCUCGAACUCUAGUUCAAGGAAAAAACUGCCGAAGAAUAAUGUCGGUAAAAGCAGUUUGGAGUCCACUCAAGACCUGUCUUCCAGUGAUACGAAUGUCACCAACAUAUCUGCCGAUUCCUUGGAAACUCCUUUCAGGUUUAGGCGAAAACGGGAUAAGUCGAGCAGCCCUGAGCCUAUGGACUGCAUAUCGAAUUCCAUUAUAACUGCCGAUGUCACUCCUGAAAACUUUGAAGAGACCACAAACUCCCAAGGAAAUAAAUUAUACAAAAUCAAGGCGUUAAGAAAAAAAUGUCCCGCGUUUGGGGUGAGUCUUCUGAAGAAGGACGGAGUGCAGACUCGCUCGAGUACUUGUACAACCUCUACUGUUAAGAAGAAAUGAUCUCGAUGUGGUUAAUGUAGUUGUAUUUGCACUUCAGAUUCUAUAUAGGAAUGUGCUUAGCACAUUUAGCGUCGAU